GCAAACGAAGAAUCAAUUAUUUCAACAAUGUGGAUUUAUCUCACUGUUUUGGCCUUGACUUUGGCAGUGCUAUGGGUGCGCAAGCGUUACUCGUAUUGGAAGGAGCGUGGCAUCCCGUAUUCGGAACCAAGUUUCCCAGCCGGCAACAUUCGCGGCGUGGGACGGACGCAACAUCUUUCGACACAGAUGCAGCGCUGCUACAAUGAACUGAAAGGAAAAGGACCGGUCGGAGGAGUUUUCUUCUUCAUAAACCCCGUUGCAUUGGCAACUGACCUGGAUUUAAUCAAAAAUGUGUUAGUGAAAGAUUUCCAAUACUUCCAUGAUCGAUCGAUAUAUCAUAAUGAGAAAGACGAUCCUUUGUCGGGUCAUCUAGUCGCUAUGGAGGGUACUAAGUGGAGAAAUCUGAGGGCCAAGCUGACGCCUACGUUUACCUCAGGAAAAAUGAAGAUGAUGUUCCCAACUAUCAUUGAAGUUGCCGAUACAUUUUUGAAAUUAAUGAAAACUGAAGUGUCCACUAAUAACGAAAUCGAGAUGAAGGAGAUUCUUGCACGGUUUACGACUGAUGUGAUCGGUACUUGUGCAUUUGGACUGGAAUGCAACAGUCUGCAUGAUCCGGAAGCUGAGUUCAGGCGCAUGGGAAGACAAAUAUUUUCGUUUGCCAAUGGCCGAAUGCUUAAAAUUGUUUUCGCACAACAGUUUCGUUCACUAGCUCGAUCACUUCACCUAACUUUAACUGAUAAAGAAGUAUCUGACUUUUUCAUUGGUGCUGUCAAAAAUACAGUCAAGUAUCGAGAAGAGAACAAAAUUGAAAGAAGUGAUUUUAUGAGUCUACUGAUGAAACUUAAAAAUGCAGAACCAUUAGAAGAUACCAAUACCCACAGCAUGGACCCUCUGACUCUUGAGGAAGUCGCCGCCCAAGCUUUUGUGUUCUUCUUGGCUGGCUUCGAAACUUCAUCGACAGCAAUGUCGUACUGCUUGUACGAAUUGGCUCAAAACACCGACCUUCAAAACAAGGCGCGAAAAUGCGUCUCGGAUGCUAUCAAAAAGCACGGUUCAAUGACAUAUGAGGCGAUGCAAGAUAUGCAAUAUAUCGAUCAGUGUAUUAAUGAGUCCCUUCGUAAAUAUCCUCCUGCUUCCAACCUCACGCGAACCGUAACCAAGGAUUAUAAACUCCCUAACAGCAACGUUGUCCUUGAGCGAGGUUCCACAUUAAUCGUUCCGGUAUACGGCAUCCAGCACGAUCCCGAGUACUACCCCGAUCCGGAACGGUACGAUCCGGAUCGUUUCACGCCGGAUCAGGUGGCCAAACGAAAUCCAUUCACUUUCCUGCCGUUCGGUGAGGGUCCACGUAUAUGCAUCGGCUUGCGAUUCGGGAUGAUGCAAGCUCGAGUCGGUUUGGCGUACUUGUUGAAGGAUUUUAGUUUCACCUUGUCUAGCAAGACGCCGGUCCCGUUGAAAAUCUCCGCACGCAGUCAUAUUCUCACAUCGGAAGGUGGACUAUGGUUGAAAGUGAAGAAACUGUAAGGCUUUGGUAAAUUGGAGUGCUACACAGUACGAUAAAAUAAUAGAUUACAAUACAGUGAGGAGCAGAUUGUUUCAUUCGGAUAUUACUGGUAAUAAAUGAGUUCUACUGUAACUAAUGAGUAUGAAUGGUGAAGAUUAGUUUAAUCUAAUAUGUUC